CCCGUCAGGAUAUGAUGUGGCUUUCGCUGCGUCUCUACUUCCGGCACAGCUCAUAGCCAUGGCGAAGUCCAGGCUGGAGCUGAAUUUUGUGCGGCUUUUGUCUCGGUGUGAGGUAAUGGCAUCUGAGCGGAGAGAGCAGGGAGAAUGGAGGCUGGAGAAGUUUGUUGGAGCGCUGGAAGAAAUGCUUACUUCAAUUAAAAAAGACGGCAGCAAGCCUUCUCCUGAACUACUGAUUGAAUACUGCAGAAAAGUAGACUUCCUGAAGGGUCUGUUAGAAGCUGAAAAAUUGCCCUCACCCACUGAAAAAGCCUUGGCUAAUCAGUUUCUUGCUCCGGGGCGCACACCUACAAUCAGCAAAGAACGAACACCAGUGACCAAGACUGUCCAUCUUCAGACACAAGCACGUUACACUGGGGAGAUGAGGAACGAGCUGUUGGAAAAGCAGUGCUCAAACGAUUCAGUUCUGCAGCACGAUGCCUUCCUGAGGCAUCGCCGCUGCCUUCCUGUGACAUGCCUGGGCUCCACAUCGGAUGAAAAACAGACUUCAGCAGAGCUUGAUGCAAUGCUACAGCAUCACCACAACAUGCAAGAGAAGCUAGCUGAGGAGAUGUUGCGUCUUACUCAGAAUCUUAAGAAUAACACCUUAGCAGUACAGAAUGUUAUUAAACAGGACAACCAGACGCUUAACCAAUCUUUGAAACUGGCAGACCAGAACUUUGAGAAGCUGAAGACUGAAUCAGACCGUCUGGAGCAGCAUGCGAAGAAAUCUGUCAAUUGGCUUCUAUGGAUCAUGCUCAUUUUUGUCUGCUGUACAUUUAUCAGCAUGAUACUCUUCAUAAGACUCUUCCCACGGCUGCGGUGACAACCCAUUCUCACAAUUAUAUUCUCUCCAUUUUGCCUGUAAAAUCUAUACAUCUAAAAAGACACACAUGGA